CCACCCAAUGAGGACCCCCGGGGGGCGGGCCGGGGAAGGCUCCGGGAGGCGAGCGGAGAUCCCGGGCUGUCGAGGGCUCCGGCGAGCGCGCGGGAAUGAGCGGGUCCGUGGGCCGGGCAGCGGCGGCUCUGCUCCGCUGGGGGCGCGGCGCGGGGGGCGGCGGCCUGCGGGGCCCGGGCGUGCGGGCGGCGGGCUCGGGCGGCGGUGGCGGCUCGGCGGAGCAGCUGGACGCGAUGGUAAAGAAGGACAAGGUGGUGGUCUUCCUCAAGGGGACGCCGGAGCAGCCCCAGUGCGGCUUCAGCAACGCCGUGGUGCAGAUCCUGCGGCUGCACGGCGUCCGCGACUACGCGGCCUACAACGUGCUGGACGACCCCCAGCUCCGGCAAGGCAUUAAAGACUAUUCCAACUGGCCCACCAUCCCGCAGGUGUACCUCAACGGCGAGUUCGUGGGGGGCUGUGACAUCCUUCUGCAGAUGCACCAGAACGGGGACCUGGUGGAAGAACUGAGAAAGCUGGGCAUCCGCUCCGCCCUUUUAGAUGAGAAGAAAGACCAAGACUCCAAGUGAGGGCGGCGCGGGUCGCCCUGAGCUCGACGCUCGGGAGCCCUGGGCUCAGAGACUCACUGCCAGAGAAGCCUUAGCGAUUUGGGUUUCACUGUCCCGACGGCUGCCUGCGCCGAUGCCUGCGGCGUGAGCGGUCGGCGAUCUCAGUGUGUCUGCUGUCGGGCUGAGAAUAUUCCAUUGUGAACUGAAUUAUAAGCACUGCGCUGUAGUAACUCAAUGUUGUAUCAUGAUCUUGCUAUAAACAAAAUUUGUUCUUAUAGUGUCCUUUGCUCUUUGCCUGAUUCAGGAGUAAAACUAGGAGCUUUUGAAUCAUCAUUAUUCACGAGUCCUCUGCGAAUGUGUCGGUCUGCAAAGAUGAUAUAUCCACCCAAGUUUUUUAUAACUUGUUCUGUUAAGAAAAAUGAUGGACAAAGAAGAAAAUGUGAUAACUGGGUAUUGUUUUUUAAAAUAAACUGCCAACCCAGGGA